GUCUGUCGCAGUUUGAUGACGAUUAUUGAGUCUCUGUGACCGUGAGCUGUUUGACAUGUACGGAAAGCAAGCGUGCUGACCAAAACAAUGAUGAAUUUAGCCACUUUAGUGAACAGCCUCAGAUGCUCUCUGCUGAGCAUUGAGAGGAGACUUCUGCAGGCGGCCGGACUAGAGAGACAGCUGGCCCCAGCGCUGACAGUGGCUGGCCCCAGUCUCCUGCCUCAGGUCGACAGGGAGGAUGGGCUGGAGGAGCAGCAGAGCCCGGAUCAGCCUCCUGGCCUCACAGACGGUAUCAUGUGGAUGGCAGUGCCCAAAAAGAGACGCACUAUAGAGAUCAACCGCACCAGGAGGAGAUCUGAAAUAAAUAUGUUACAACUCAAGACCAACAUCGAGCCAUGUCCUGAGUGUGGCCACUUGAAGCAGAAACACAUCCUGUGCAGCUUCUGUUACGCCAAGGUGUGCCGAGAGACGUCAAAGAUUCGGCAGCAGAUGAAGGCGAUGGAAGGGGGGGCCCAUGGGGCGCCGGCAGUGGAGACUGUCAUCCUGUAUGAGGGAGAAACACCAAGUGAGCUGGACAAAGACAAAAGGAUUGUGGAGAGGCCCAGGAAGAGGCCUGCCUGGUUCAGCCUCUGAGGUAUUCAUGCUGUUUUUGAUACCAAAGCUGAUUCUUGAUGUAGUUAUCUCUGUAAAGAUACCGUACCUGAUCAUUGAUUUGUGGGUUUAAGGCUCACACAGCUACAUAUUUGAAUUUUUGGUUUAAUUUCAUUUGUCACUUUUUCAACUGUUUGUCAUAUUCUCAAAUUGGAUACAUUUACUGUAUGUUUGAAUAUUUGACAAUACAUUCUUUAUUUGAAAAAGGAAA